AUGGUAGAUGGAGUGAUGCUUCUUCCUGUGCUAAUGAUGAUUGCUUUCCCCUCCCCGAGUAUGGAAGAUGAGAAGCCCAAGGUGAACCCCAAACUGUACAUGUGUGUGUGUGAAGGCCUCUCCUGUGGAAAUGAGGACCACUGUGAAGGCCAGCAGUGCUUCUCCUCACUUAGCAUCAACGAUGGCUUCCACGUCUACCAGAAAGGCUGCUUCCAGGUGUACGAGCAGGGGAAGAUGACCUGUAAGACCCCACCGUCGCCCGGCCAGGCCGUGGAGUGCUGCCAAGGGGACUGGUGCAACAGGAACAUCACGGCCCAGCUGCCCCCGAAAGAGAAAUCCUUUUCUGGAACACAGAACUUUCCCUUGGAGGUCGGCCUCAUCAUUCUGUCCGUAGUGUUCGCAGUAUGCCUGCUAGCUUGCCUACUGGGAGUCGCUCUCCGAAAAUUUAAAAGGCGCAACCAGGAACGCCUCAAUCCCAGAGAUGUGGAGUACGGCACCAUCGAAGGGCUCAUCACCACCAAUGUCGGAGACAGCACUUUAGCAGAUUUGCUGGAUCACUCGUGUACAUCGGGAAGCGGCUCUGGUCUUCCUUUUCUGGUGCAGAGAACAGUGGCUCGCCAGAUCACUCUGUUGGAGUGUGUCGGGAAAGGCAGGUACGGAGAGGUGUGGAGGGGCAGCUGGCAAGGGGAGAACGUGGCUGUGAAAAUCUUCUCCUCCCGGGAUGAGAAGUCGUGGUUCAGGGAAACAGAAUUAUACAACACUGUGAUGCUGAGGCAUGAAAAUAUUUUAGGUUUCAUUGCUUCAGACAUGACAUCAAGACACUCCAGUACCCAGUUGUGGUUAAUCACACAUUACCAUGAAAUGGGAUCAUUGUAUGACUAUCUCCAGCUUACUACUCUGGAUACAGUUAGCUGCCUGCGAAUAGUGCUGUCCAUUGCUAGUGGUCUCGCACAUUUGCACAUAGAGAUAUUUGGAACCCAAGGGAAACCAGCUAUUGCUCAUCGAGAUUUGAAAAGCAAAAACAUCCUGGUGAAGAAGAAUGGACAGUGUUGCAUAGCAGAUUUGGGUUUGGCGGUCAUGCAUUCCCAGAGCACCAAUCAGCUGGACGUGGGGAACAACCCACGCGUAGGCACCAAGCGCUACAUGGCCCCCGAAGUCCUGGAUGAAACCAUCCAGGUGGACUGCUUUGAUUCUUACAAGAGAGUCGAUAUUUGGGCUUUUGGACUUGUCUUGUGGGAAGUGGCCAGGCGGAUGGUGAGCAACGGUAUUGUGGAAGAUUACAAGCCACCAUUCUAUGACGUGGUUCCCAAUGACCCAAGUUUUGAAGAUAUGAGGAAGGUGGUCUGUGUGGAUCAACAGAGGCCAAACAUACCCAACAGAUGGUUCUCAGAUCCGACAUUAACUUCUCUGGCCAAGCUGAUGAAAGAGUGCUGGUAUCAAAACCCGUCCGCAAGACUCACAGCUCUGCGUAUCAAAAAGACUUUGACCAAAAUUGAUAAUUCCCUGGACAAAUUGAAAACUGACUGUUGA